AUGGCAUAUAGUGAAGGAUACUUAUACGGAUCAAGGUCACUCGAACGAAAAUCUGAUUAUACGGUGUCAUAUAAAUUUAUUAAAGAAUAUUUGCAGCUUGAUGAUUCAUUGUUUAAUCAUCAAGACAAUUGUUAUUAUCUCACUAAUUAUUGUCAUCUCGAAAAUCGCGGUGGGCAUAGAUACUUGAGACCGUCCGAAUGUUCGAAAUUCGUAUUAAAGCAAGGGUCUCACUUAUUUUAUAAUUAUAACUGGACAUACAGUUAUCAUGGAACUGAUCCGAAGAACAUUAAAAGUAUUCUUCAAUAUGGUCUAAAAAAGCCCGGAUCCCUCGCUGGAGAUAAGGUAGUCAAAUUAGUGAACGGCCAAAUGUAUGGUACUGGAAUUUACACAUCAAAAAUUCCGUUGUACUCACAGCUGUAUGCGCCAAUGACCAGUUGGGAAGGCAAAUACUUUCAAACAAUUUUAAUGGUGCGACAAAAGCCAAAUUCGAUUGAUACUCAGGAGGGAGAAGGCACGUAUACGACAAGCUUGCUUGGAAACGCCGAAAUUCAUAAGUUAUACAAGGGAAAGAUUUCAUCAGAUGAAAUGCAAUAUAUUUGCUCUGAUGAAAGUUCAUGUGUUUUACACGCCUUAUUGAUCAAAGUUCACGACAAUCAGUAUGAUGAAUAUCACCAUCUCACUGACAAUCAUUUCACCGACAAAUGUUUAGAUACCCUAAUGCUAUAUAUAAAUGGUAAAUAUUGUUGGUGA